AUGGCUGCUUUGGCACUGCUGGAGGACCUUGCGAAUGGCAGAGUUCGGAGGGAGCGUGUGUUCAGGGAUCACACUCACUUACUGGCCCAAGAUGGUGACUGGCUUAUGAGCCGAUUCAGAUUGAGAGCUAUCAUCUUGGAACUCUGUGCUGAACUGGGCCCAGCUUUGGAGAGGGGCACACUCGGGUUCCUUGCCACAGGAGCUUUUCAAAGGGAGCGAGCUGAUCAGUCAGGUGUCUACCAGUCAUCACUGAGCUGCGCCAUGCCAGCUGUAUGGGACGGCCGUAUUAUGGCCAGAAACAUAACAUUUCCCUACACCGUGACUGAACAGGCAAACAUUAAAGUACAAUUUGCAGCAAUGAGCCGAUUUCAAAAUGUAAUCGGUGCGAUCGACUGCACUCAUAUUGCUAUAAGGGCACCAUCAGAUAAUGAAUUUGCUUACGUGAACAGGAAGCAUUUUCACUCAAUAAAUGUCCAAAUUAUUUGUGAUGCGCAAAUGUAUAUCACAAAUGUUGUGGCACAAUGGCUUGGUUCAACCCAUGAUUCUUUCAUCCUGAGGAGUAGUAGUGUUGGGGACAGACUUCAAGCAGGGGCUGUGCAGGAUGGCUGGCUUCUAGACGGCACAAGAACGGCAAUACAACGCACUGGUGGAGUCCUUUUGUACACACCACAGAAGGUUUGUCGCAUUAUGCAGGCAUGUAGCGUGCUGCACAAUGUGGCAAUUCAUCAUGGUGUGCCUGUGCCAGAGGAGCUUCAGAUAGAAGAACCAGACCCUGGCCCUGCACCCCAUGUGAGCAAAAACCAGCUGCCAGACAGCGCCGUUUGGAUGUGA